UAGUGAGAAAUAAAAGUUAAAAAACAAUAAAAUUAUAAUGAUAAAAAAUGAAAGUGAGGAGAGAAUAAAUUGAGGCAGCAGGUGGUAGCUUAUUCAUUCAAUACAUUAUUAUUAUUUUGUCAGCUGAAAGCACUCCUCUCUGUUCCCUUUUAAUGUGCGCUAAUAAUCCAUCCCUUACCUCAUUGAAUCUCCCUCUCCUCUCAUGAAUCCCUCCGCCACCACCUCGCGGCGGCGCCGCCCCUCCUUAUUGCUCUUCACAGCCCUCACUAUCGCCCUCGUCGCCUCGCAGAUCCCCAAUGUGGCCGCCGGGGAGAACGACAUCAACUUAAAAGACAUCGUUCGCGAUGCCAGAAACUUGACCUUCGAGAACCCUAGCCUCCGCCGCGCCUACUACGCGUUACAAGCGUGGAAGCAAGCCAUUUUCUCCGAUCCGUCCAACUUCACCGCCAACUGGACCGGUGCGGACGUCUGCUCCUACGGCGGCGUGUUCUGCGCCCCCUCGCCGUCGAACGCCUCCAUGAGGGUGGUGGCGGGCAUCGAUCUCAACCACGGCGACAUCGCCGGCUACCUGCCGGACGAGCUAGGGCUGCUGACCGAUCUGGCGCUCUUCCACAUCAACUCCAACAGAUUCUGCGGCCUUGUUCCUGAUACCUUCAAAAAAUUGAAGCUGCUUUUCGAGCUGGAUUUGAGCAACAACCGUUUCGUCGGCGGAUUUCCGAAGGUGGUGCUGUCUCUGCCGUCGUUGAAGUUUCUCGACCUCCGGUUCAACGAUUUCGAAGGCGGCGUUCCGACGCAGGUUUUCGACAAGGAUUUGGACGCCUUGUUCCUGAAUGACAACAGGUUCCGGUUCGGCAUCCCGGACAAUCUCGGUAACUCGCCGGUUUCGGUGAUGGUGCUGGCGAACAACAAUCUCGGCGGCUGCAUUCCGGCCAGCAUUGGGAAGAUGGGGAAGACGUUGAAUGAGCUGAUUCUGAUGAACGAUAAUCUGACGGGGUGCCUGCCGCCACAGAUUGGGAUGCUCAAGGAGCUGACGGUGUUCGAUGUGAGCUUCAACAAUCUGCAGGGGCCACUGCCGGCAGAGAUCAGCCGCAUGCGGAGCCUGGAGCAGCUGGAUGUGGCGCACAACCGCCUCACCGGGGUGGUGCCAGCCACAGUGUGCCAGCUGCCGCGCCUCGAGAACUUCACUUACUCCUACAAUUACUUCACCGGCGAGGCGCCACAGUGCAGCAGAUUCCGCGGCGGCGCCGUGUUUGAAGGAAAGGAGAAUUGUAUUCCGAGUAAGAGUAACCAGAGGUCUGCUAGAGAAUGCGCCUCUGAUGCCGCUAAGCCGUACGAUUGUAGAAAGUCCAAAUGCUUCGUCGCCGGAGGUGCGCCGACAAGGCCGACUCCGACUCCGACGCCGACGCCGGCGCCAACGCCUAAGCCAGCUCAGGCUCCGAGGCCGCCUCCGCCCACCUCCAAGUCUUCGCCGAAUGUUAGGUCCCGCCCUCCGCCACCUCCGCUGCUACCACCUACGUCUCAUCUCCCACCUCCGCCGCCAACUCACAACAUGUCUCCGGGGUCUCACGUCCGCUCUCCGCCGCCACCUGUGGAGCAUCAGUAUUCCCCACCACCACCACCACCUCAGCAUAAGUCGUCGCCCAAUACUCACUACAGAUCACCUCCACCUCCACCAGCUUCUCCUCCGCCACCGGUUCAUUACGCCCCCAUGAGUCCGCCACCUCCGCCGACUCCAUAUGUUUACUCAGCCCCUCCGCCGCCACCUUACGUCUACACAUCACCUCCUCCACCACCACCUUCCCCGCCUCCACCAUACGUCUACUCAUCUCCUCCACCACCGCCACCUUCACCAUCCCCGCCACCACCGUACGUCUACUCAUCUCCUCCUCCACCACCACCUUCACCGUCCCCGCCCCCACCGUACGUCUACUCAUCUCCACCACCUCCACCGCCAUACGUCUACUCCUCACCUCCUCCACCUUCACCGUCUCCUCCACCACCAUACGUUUAUUCAUCACCUCCCCCUCCCUCACCGUCUCCGCCUCCUCCUUAUGUAUAUUCAUCACCUCCUCCCCCAUCACACUCACCUUCACACCCUAUGUAUAUACAUCACCCCACCCCCACCCCCACCCCCACCCACCCCCGAAUGUUUAUCACCACCACCUCCCGUAGCAUCCACCACCGCCUCCGCCAUAUAAUACACAUCCCCACCACCUCCACCAUACAAGCACUCAUCUCCGCCGCCUCCACCAUACCAAUUAUUCAUCACCACCGCCUCCGUCACCGUCCCUCCCCCGCCACCGUACACGUACUCAUCGCCACCCUCCUCCUCCGCCGAACACAUACCAUUGCCGCCAUAACAGGAGUCUCCUACGCAUCUCCACCACCACCCGUCAUUCCAUAUUACUAAUCUCCCUUCAUAUUUUCAACUGCCGUCAAAAUCCUCAAAAAUGACAGCGAAACUAAACGGAGCCAAAUAUUUACCAAUUAUUGAGCUGUUAUCUCUUCUCAUCAUGAGCUGUUACUGCAACGAUUAGUAUAGUUUUAUCUUUAUUUAUUUCUUCUUUUUGAGAUUCAUUUUAUGGGUUUGUUUCUUGAUUUUUUUUUUUCAAAUGAAGUAUUGGCUUAUAUAAUAAUUACAUGUAUUAUUGAAGAGAAUUGCUUGGAUAUGUCGGGGGAGAGACGACCAUAAUUAGUUCAUUUUCAUACUAGUUGUGAUUGUGCAUAAAUCCCAAUUUCAGUCGAAAUUUUUAUUUUGUUGUUCUUUGCUA